AUGGAUUUUCGUGAUUUUGUAGCAGCAACAGGCUUCGCAACCUACAGCUUGCGUCAUCCGCGCGAGGCUCUCUCGAGCUUCGGUCCGACCUUCAACGAGGCCACCUUCGGUCUGCUGGGGCCUUCCUUCAAGCCAGAUCGCGACAUCCGCAAUCUCGAUGGGAAGGUCGUCCUUGUCACCGGCGGCAACGCCGGUAUAGGUAAGGAAACCAUCCUCCAGCUCGCCAAGCACCGCCCAUCGCGAAUCUACAUGGCCGCCCGCACCGAAAGCAAAGCGCGUGAGUCGAUUGAGUCCCUCCAAGGCCAGUUGUCUUCUCCAGCGGAUAUUCGGUACCUACCCCUCGACCUCUCCUCCUUCAAGUCGAUCCGCGCCGCCGCAGAGAUGUUCCAGGCCGAUAGCGGUCGCUUGGAUAUACUCAUCCUUAAUGCGGGGACCAUGGGGAACCCGCCCGUCAAGACGAAGGAGGGUUUCGAGAUUCAGUUCGGUACGAAUCAUAUCGGUCACUUCCUGUUGACCAAGUUGCUGUUGCCGACGCUCCAGAAAACUGUUGAUCGUGACCGCGCCAAGGGUGAUACCCCCGAUGUGCGGGUUGUAACUGUGGCCUCGGCGGCUCAUGUGGUCGGGCCGUCGACGUUUGAGGAAAUGACAUCGACUCCUGGAUUGUUGGCUAGCAGUACUUGGACCCGCUAUGGAGCUUCCAAGUCGGCUAAUAUCUUCUUUGCGGCUGAGCUGGCCCGUCGGCAUCCUGAUAUCUUGUCUGUUGCUGUGCAUCCCGGCGCAGUUGAUAGUGGACUCUAUGGACACACAAAGGAUCUUAGUUGGAUGAUGAAGUACAGUGUGACUGUUACUGGCUCUUUGUUCUUCCGGACUGUCGCCACGGGAGCGCUUAAUUCUCUCUGGGCGGCUGGUGCACAGAAAGACAAGCUGGUCAACGGUGCUUACUACGCCCCCAUUGGAUAUCGCUGCGGUGGCACUGCCUUUGUUCAGAAUGCGGAGGUUGCUCGCAAGCUCUGGGAUUGGACCGAGGCCCAGGUUUCCACGUACAACUAA